AUGUCUUCUAUAGAUGACAAGCGCGCCUUUGAAAACCACCCACCACCAGUCACUGUGGACAGAGAAGAAGAGUACAAGGUGGAAGGCAUCACAGAUGCCAAAGAAUGCAACAGAAAAUGGUUCUUCAGGGUUAAAUGGAAGGGAUACAGGUCCAAAGAAAACACAUGGGAACCCCAAGAAAACCUAAAAAACGCUGAAAAAAUUUUAAAAGAAUACAAAAAAGAAAUAAAAAAGAAGGCCCUUGAUGCUGCCAAGGCCCUUAGAGGGGGGGCAGUGUUGUAG